CACUUGCGGGGCCGCGGCGGUGGCCGGGGGGGGUCGGGUGGCCGUCGCCAUGAGGCUGCUGCGGUACCUGGGCAAGCGGGCGGCGCUGGCAGGAGUGCCCAACUACAUCGAGCACUUCAGCAAGUUCUCGCCGUCGCCGCUCUCCAUGAAGCAGUUCUUGGAUUUCGGCUCCAGCAAUGCCUGCGAGAAGACCUCCUUCGCCUUCCUGCGGCAGGAGCUGCCCGUGCGGCUCUCCAACAUCAUGAAGGAGAUCAACCUGCUGCCGGACCGCGUCCUGCGCACCCCCUCCGUGCAGCUGGUGCAGAGCUGGUACGUCCAGAGCCUGCUGGACAUUAUGGAGUUCCUGGACAAGGACCCCGAGGACCAGGCCACCCUGGGACAGUUCACAGACGCCCUGGUGACCAUCCGCAACCGGCACAACGACGUGGUGCCCACCAUGGCACAGGGCGUGGUGGAGUACAAGCAGGCCUACGGCGACGACCCCGUGUCCAACCACAACAUCCAGUACUUCCUGGACCGCUUCUACCUGAGCCGCAUCUCCAUCCGCAUGCUCAUCAACCAGCACACACUGCUCUUUGACGGCAGCACCAACCCUGCGCACCCCAAGCACAUUGGCAGCAUCGACCCCCACUGCAGCGUGGCCAACGUGGUGAAAGAUGCCUACAACAUGGCCAAGCUGCUGUGUGACAAAUACUACAUGGCCUCACCGGAGCUGGAGAUCGAGGAGGUGAACGCCGGCAGCCCGCAGCAGCCAGUCAGCAUCGUCUAUGUCCCCUCCCAUCUCUACCAUAUGCUCUUUGAGCUCUUCAAGAAUGCCAUGAGGGCCACGGUGGAGAGCCACGAGAGCAGCCCACGCCUGCCGCCCGUCAGGGUGCUGGUGGCGCUGGGCCGGGAGGACCUCUCCAUCAAGAUGAGUGACAGGGGCCUGGGCGUGCCCCUGCGGAAGAUCGAGAGGCUCUUCAGCUACCUGUACUCCACUGCCCCCACCCCACCGCUGGGCACCGGGGGGGCACCCCUGGCUGGCUUUGGCUACGGCUUGCCCAUCUCCCGCCUCUAUGCCAAGUACUUCCAGGGGGACCUGCAGCUCUUCUCCAUGGAAGGCUUCGGCACCGACGCCGUCAUCUACCUGAAGGCGCUGUCCACCGACUCAGUGGAGCGGUUGCCUGUCUACAACAAGUCUGCCUGGCGCCACUACCAGCCCAGCCAGGAGGCAGGGGACUGGUGCGUGCCCAGCACCGAGCCCAGGAACACCUCCACCUACCGCGUGCCCUGACCCCCCCGGCUCACGAAGGAGCCCCUGGGACCCCCCCAGCUCCCUGGGCUGUCCCCUUGACUGCUGCUGGAGUAGCAACCCAGGCCUGCUGCAGGCUUGUGUGUGCAGUGGGGGGGCUGGGGGCUCCCAGGGGUGUGAGGGAGGGUCCCAGGACCCCACCCAGAGCCUGGUACGUAGCUGUUGGAGCAGCCUGGAGGGGGCAGAGCCUCUGUCGUGCCCCCCCAGCCCCCUGCCCAGCGCCCACCCCCGGGGGUGCACUCCAGGAGCGCCAAGGACUGAUCCUUGCCCACUCUGACGACAGCACUUUGCAGUCCCGGCAGGGCUGGGGGGGCCAUGCCUGAGCACUGCCUCCCCCCCCAGCUCCCAGCUCCCUGUGCCACCCCUGGCAUUGCACUACUGAGCUGUUCUCACCUGCCUGUGCCCCCCCUUCCGAGUGGGUGCCCCAAAUGUGCCCUGACCUGCUCUGGAACCUUCCACAGGACCACCCCCUCCACCCCCCCAGACCUGCCCUCCCACCCCCCCCCGUCAGUAAAUUGGAUGUUGAUUGAA